AUGGAAAAUAAUAGAGAAUAUUAUUACGAUAUUAGUAAGUGGUAUCUGAUGUUAGUCGGCCAAUGGCCUUACCAAAAGUUAAAAGAGAGUUUAUUUUUCUUGAUUUUCAUACUCUUUCUUGAGACUUCUGCACUUGUUACACAGAUAGCAAAAUUUGUCAUAUGCGAUAAUGCGCAAUGUAUUUAUGAAACUUUACCACCACAUAUGCUGACAGUGAUGAUUUUGGUGAAAAUUUUCACAUAUCAAUUUAACAGCCGAAAAAUUAAAGAUCUCACAGAUCGCUUAUUCGUAGACUGGGAUAUGCUCGAAACUGUGGAAGAACACAACAUUAUGAGAAAUUAUGCUCGAAACGGCAGAUGGUACGCGCUCAUAUAUGGCUGUAUGUUUGCAAAACUUCUCGAAGAUACCUUUUCGAUAUCGUUCGCUGUGCAACUCUUGAUCGUUACAGUUGGCUUGAGCAUUACCUUAGUACAACUGUCGAUGCAGUUACAUGAUUUAGCAGAAGCAAUGAGAUACUUCGUCUUUAUUAUUGCUCAAUUGUUUCACUUGUUCUGCUUAAGUUUCCAAGGACAAAAGCUGAUAAGUCAUAGUCUCGAAACUUGCGACAAAAUAUUUCGAGGUUCGUGGUUUAUCAUACCAAUGAAGGAACAAAGAUUACUUUUAUUCGUAAUGAGAAAAAGUAUCGAAGCUAAUGUCUUAACCGCCGGAAAGAUAUACGUAUUUUCUCUAGAAAAUUUUACAGCGGUCGUGCAAAGUUCGAUGUCGUACUUUACGUUACUAUCGUCCUUUGACUCAUUAUUAUAUUUUUGUCAUAGAUUCGUUCAAUUUCUUGAAAGUACCUUUACGAUAUCGUUCGCUGUGCAACUUUUGUUAGUUACAAUUGGCUUGAGUAUUACUUUAGUACAAUUCUCGAUACAGCUGCACGAUUUAGCGGAAGCGAUGAGGUACUUCCUUUUCAUUUUUGGUCAAUUAUUUCACUUAUUCUGCUUCAGCUUUCAAGGACAAAAAGUGAUAGAUUAUAGUUUCGAAAUUCGCGACAAGAUAUAUCAUAGUUCGUGGUAUACUAUACCCGUGAAGGAACAAAGAUUGCUCAUGUUCGUGAUGAGAAAAAGUAUCGAAGCUUGUGUCUUGUCCGCCGGCAAGAUAUACGUAUUUUCUCUAGAAAAUUUCAUGACGGUAGUGCAAAGCUCGAUGUCGUACUUUACGUUACUGUCGUCCUUUGAUGUGUCCUACAGUCGUUUAAGUGGCGCUACUUUCGCCUUUAUUCUGUUCCAUCACGAUAACGCACCAUCACACACGUCCUUGAAAGCGAUGGCCAAAUUGGAUCAAUUACGAUUCGAAUUGGUUGCUCACCUACCGUAUUCUUCAGACUUGGCCCCCAGCGACUAUUAUGUGUUCCCAAAUCUCAAGCGGUGGCUCCAGGGAAAGAGAUUCACAUCGAAUGAGGAAGUCAUCGCGGAAACCGAGGCGUAUUUCGAAGGCUUGGACGUUUCGUACUACAGAAAGGGCAUCGAAAUGUUGGAAAAUCGUUAUAUCAAGUGUAUCGCCCUCGAAGGCAACUAUGUUGAGAAAUAA